UCAGACUUUGGAGCCUUGGACGGGGAAUCUCCAAUAUUUCAAAAAUCUGUUAUCGCCUUAUUGUAAAUAACUAUGACACCGAGUUAGUUCCCCAAAUUGCAUUAGUUUUGCGUAUAAAUUUGUUCCUCUUUCGGUGAGCGGCCGAAACUGUUUGUUUAACUGCACACGUCGACGCUCACAACGAGUUGCUCACAAUCAGGUAGUCGUCUGGCUGACUAGUGGCUCGUCAGGAUGAAAAAGGCUACUCCUUCAUCCAUUUUCACAUUCUGUCGGAAUUUUCAAACGCAACACCCCAGGCUUCCAUUGACCACAUCCCCGAAAUAUGUUUCGUAUCGGUAUUUUUCAUCAGCCAGUGACACCCCGGAAAGGAAGAAGCGCUUAGUGAUCCUGGGAACGGGAUGGGGAGCGUACAGUACGCUGAAAAGCCUCAAUCGAAAGUUUUACGAUGUGACGGUGAUCAGUCCGCGCAAUCACUUUCUCUUCACUCCCCUGCUGGCCAGCACCACGGUGGGCACGCUGGAAUUUCGCUCCAUCAUCGAUCCAGUACGAAACGCUGGAUUCGGGCCGCGUGAUGAUUUCUUCCUUUCGUAUGCCACGGAAGUUGAUCUGCAGAACCGCACGGUAGUGAUGCGCAGUAACGAUGAAGCCAAAAUGGUCUCGACUAUCAAUUAUGAUCGUCUAGUCAUUGCUGUUGGUGCGCUGACCAACACUUUCAAUGUGCCCGGUGCGGACAAGCAUGCAUAUUUCCUAAAGGAAAUACAAGAUGCCAGAGCAAUUCGCAAUAAAAUCCUGAGCAAUUUCGAAUCGGCUCUACAACCUGGCUUAACAGACGCGGAACGGUCUCGCCUCCUGCACAUUGUUAUCGUGGGUGGCGGUCCGACGGGUGUGGAAUUCGGUGCGGAAGUGCACGAUUUUGUGCGCACGGAUGUGGCGCGACUAUAUCGAAAAGACGCCGAUCUUGUGCAAGUGACCCUGGUGGAAGCGCAGCAUAUUCUCCAGUCGUUUGAUCAGCGCUUGCAGAACUACGCCGAGAAGAAGAUUAAAGAACGCACCAACUUCCACUUGUUGCAAGACGUGGUGGUCGAAGUUGGGGAAACAUUUGUGAGAUUGAAAAGCGGUACGAUAAUACCGUCGGGCUUGACAGUUUGGAGCACAGGGCUGGCGCCGAGGGAUAUGAUUCGCGCGAUGGAUGUACCGAAGAAUAAACAAGGACAGCUGUUGGUCAACCAGCAUUUGCAGUUACUGGCCGAUCCCUAUCCGGAAGGGAGUGCAUUUAGCAUCGGUGACUGUUCGUAUCUCAAAGAUUCACCGCUCCCAUGCACAGCGCAGGUUGCCGAACGCGAAGGCCGGUAUUUGGGAAAGUUAAUGGCCGCGGAUGAUAUCCGCAGUGAGGCGCCUUUUACAUUCCACAACAUGGGUAUGCUGGCUUAUUUGGGUGAUUACACCGGUGUCAGCGAUUUGCAGAAGUUCAAGAUUCAAGGAAUUACUUCGUGGUUAUUGUGGCGCUCCGCAUAUCUGACUCGAUUGGGAUCGUUGCGACUGCGUUUGCAAGUGCCGUUUGACUGGUUUAAGACGUUAGUUUUUGGUCGGGACACUUCUAAGUUAUAGUAAGCUCGAUGCUGUCGUUUAUUUUGGAGCAGUUUCUUGAGUUUGUUUGUUACUUAAUUUAUUAAUAAUGUUAUUUUCGGUGAACAGUAUGUGAUAACUUGAAAUGACUUCUGCUUCAAUGGUUACCUUGCUCGUAUUAAAUACUGAUUCUGAGGAGAUGUCUACGGCUUCAUAGAAGUUCAUCGAUUUUGUUGUAUGCAAGCAAGUCUAGCACAUAAAACAUUGUUACUGGUAUAGUGGUACCGGCGUCUCUCAAUAUUAUCGGAGU